GCAACCUCAAUAUUUUAGUAUUGGUUCCGUUCGAGUUCGGUUUGGUCCAAUAUCUACCAAAAAUGAUGUCACCGUGGCUCCAUCUAAUGGCGAGUUCCAACUAGAUACUGACGCUAAAGAAUCGUCGUGCUGCUGCGGAGUAACAUCCCGAAUCCCUCUUCCGACCGGCUCUAAUAAUAGACAUACUACUGGCGCUACUUGUCUGCCCCGAAUACAGGCGCCAGUAUACCGUAGCUCAUUGGAUUGGUCUAACCGUGUUCAAAAAUCGUCGUCCGGUUGUUUCGGUAAGUUAAAUGUCGAUCGUGUUCCGUUAGUCACUAAAAUCUGUGACGAUUCUAAAAGUCUACUUUUACAAGAGCAAGAAGCUAUUAAUCUGGAYCGGUUCCAAAGGUUUCGUUUCGGCAGUCGCAACGGUAGAGGUGGCUCACAAAAUAAAAAACCUAAACAAAACGUGACACAGAGAACUACUGACAAAUCCGAUCGGCUGAGGAAGCUCACAGACAAGCUGAAGCAGCCACCGGCUUGUGAGGCACAGGCGUCAGAUAUUAAAGAUGAAAAUCUGAUGGGUAGCACAGCCACGUCGACAGCGAAUUUGAGUGGUGAGGAAUCGUUAGAUAAGUUCGAAGAUGGUAUACGAAAACCCGAAUCUAGAACUAUAGUCGGUUCCUAUUACCAGCGGUCUAUACCGUUUAGGAGUGCAUCAUUUUCCCAAGUUUAUUAUUCGCCAUCUGACGGUAAAUAUAUAAGAUCCGAUGGACGGAAAAGGAGUACACCAAAUCCUGUUACCCUUUCUCGUAAAGCCCAUUCAUCUGAACCUGUAAGAUCUUAUUCUCAAGACCACGAUGCUAUAGAUGUACCUACGCCCCCUAGACGAAAAAAUAAAUCGUUUAAGUCUUCAGAUCAAUUGUGUCAGUCAGACGUAGCGAUAAUUGAAGAAUCGCUAGAAGUAUCAGUUGAAGAAUCUCCUGAUCAAGUAACCGAAGAAACAUUUUUAUCGGAGUGGAAAUCUGAGACUGACGGUACUGUUCAGAAUAUCGAGGAUAGUACUACUAGYACACCUGUUGAUUCACCAAAAGAAGAACCACAGAGUCCGGAUUUCCCACAAAUGCCUCAGUGGUCGUCCCUCACAGAACUGCCCCUACUACGACCUAAAUUAUCUGCGCAGAGUUCUGAAGAAAAAGAUGAAGAAAAAAUAGUAUGUUCAUCGCCAAAAGUAAAUUACCGUAAAUAUUUAUUGUCAAAAGCAGACUCUUUGUCAGAAGGUGAAAGCGACCAAGGUAAUCAUAGUCAAACUUUAUCACCAACAAGAGAGUGUACAUCAUCUCCAUGCAAUGACAACUCUGAUUCCGAAAAAAAUUCUGGUCCCCCCGUGCCUUACUCAAAAAGACCUCUCCGUGGUCCGUAUUUGGAAAUGAUAGUAAAUGAAAAAAAAAAACCAGAAGUGAAUGGUAAGAAGCAAGAUGCCUUGAAGUUCCUUGAUGAAUAUCCUAAGCAAAUCCGAUCGGCCGACGAUUGUCAGCUAAAAAGAAGCUACACCUCGCCCGACCAACCGUCGGACCGGUUAAGACUCAGAACAUCGCCGAAAAGAAAAACCAGUGCAAAUUUACCGUUGUCAGUUACGGCCGGAAAGAAACAUGGCACUAAUGAAACAGUGGUUUGUCAUCAAAGAACAACGUCUAGUCCAAGUCAGUUGGAAGGAUGUUCGAGAGUGAAAAAAACGCCCGAACCUAGUCCUCAGCUAUUAGCACAAUUAUUAAAAGGAAGCUCGGAACAAGUAUAUGGAGGGCCUUUGACAAACCCAUUAAAGAAAUAUCUGUUGCCAUUGAAAAGUGUCGAAAACUCUGUACUAAUUGAACCGUCAGUGGUUGACGAGAUAUUUUACCAGAUACCAAACAUUUUAAUGGAGCACGAACAAUUCCUAAAAGAUCUACAUAAACGUCUCGAAAUUUGGGACGCACAUCAGAGAAUCGGCGACAUCUUAUUAGAAAUGUUUUCAAAAAAGCCUGUGAUAGAUUCAUAUACAUCGUUCAUAAAUAACUGGAAACAAGCUAAAGAGGCUAUCAAAUCGACUUGCAAUUCAAAACCAGCAUUUGCAAGAUAUCUAGAGACCCUAUUGAAACACACCGAACCAACGCAUCCAGAUCACGAGUCACUGAUCGAAUCGCAAAAGCAAGUGCACGAAAUGGCCGUGAAAAUCAACUGCACCGAAAAGGACAACAUGGAGCUGGAGCAGAUCGAGUCUUUGAUCGACGGACUAAUACAUUUGGCGGCCACCGACCGAACAUUCCUCAGACACGACUUGGUGACUAUCGUUUCCGGGCAGUCGAUGAACCGUAAGGAACGAGCGCUUUUUUUGUUCUCCGACUUGCUGAUCGUAACCAGUAUCAAAAGAAAAAGCGGGACCAUACGUAAACCAUCCACGACUACGCCAAACAGCGUCGUGAGCAAUUUAGAAGCAAACAAAUAUAAGUUACUUAUGAAGAUACCAUUGGAUGAUGUUGAAAUAGUUAAAGUUAAAGAUGAAAACGUACGGCGCAUGCUUCGCGAGAUGGAGUAUUUGUCGGAAGAUGUUUCCACGCUGACCCAAAUGACGGAUAUGGUUUCUAUGUUGCACUGUCCACACAGUCAUCUGGAAGACUCGAUUAAAGAUAUGCUUAGUGCACUCAACAAACAGCUAUCAGAACGACAAGCCAGCGACACUCAACUAUGUUAUCUAGAACUAAACUUGCACACCAGGAAUGGUACCGAGACCGUAUCAAUAAUGUUUUCGAAACCAGAAAAACGAGCAAACUGGGAAGAGUCUUUUAACGAGGCCAAACAAAAACUCGUCCUAUCCACGGACCGGAGGCCGAAUGCUGAUUUCGUGGGGCCAGUGCCCAUACGAAAGACCCGGGCCGGUUUGCAGUUUACGUGUGCAGCGCCCGCGUUGAACCAAAGAGACGUGUGGGUUUGCAACAGUGACGGGUACGUGGGCCAAGUGUGCGUGCUGAGCCUCUACCCCGAACCGACGGUCACCUCGUGUAACGGUGUAUGCAACGCACGCAUACUGUGCGUUACCUCGAUACCUGCACCCCAACGCAUCGAUCAAGCCAACAGUGCCGACAAAGACGACCAUAGCAGUAAUCCAGAGAUCAGCAUAUCGAUCGAAGACUGCGCUGAGCAGACCGGACCGGACAUCAAAUUGGAUAGCUCGUCGAGUGAAGAGGAUGACGAAAAGGACGCCGGUCACGAUCGCGUCCCUGACGGAAUGUACCCCACGGACCCUGUGGACUUUGAAGGUGAACCCACCAUGUGGUUGGGUACAGAAGACGGAUGCAUACACGUGUACAAUUCAAUGGACAACAUUCGAAUAAAACGGAAUAAAGUCAAAAUUCAACACGGGUCAGCUGUGCAUUGUAUCAUAUAUCUCAACAAUCGCGUUUACGUUUCAUUAGCAAAUGGUGAUAUUUGCAUCUACUACCCAGACACGAAUGGUAGUUGGAAUACAUCGGAUCCGGUGACCAUCAACGUUGGUUCAGCUGCUAUCCCGGUUUCCAAAAUGCUGCCCGUUGGUGAUAAGCUCUGGUGCUCGUGUCACAAUACGGUCAAGAUAUUCGACACGGUCACAUUACAAUUUCAACAUUCUUUCGUGAUCGGCGGCGACUCGAACCGAUCGAUUACCAACAUGGUCGUGUCGGGAAUGGGCGUGUGGCUGUCACUGCAGAACUCGGCCGUGCUCCGGCUCGUUCACUCGGUCACGUACGAAGUUCURGCCGAAGUAAACACUGCGCCGGCCGUCACUAAAAUGCUGUCGAGCUGCGACGACAUCAUAAGGCAACACAAAGCGGCGUGCCUUAGAGUGACGUCGCUGUUGGCGGUCAAAGACCUAUUGUGGAUCGGCACCAGUGCGGGCGUCGUCUUGACCAUGUCCAUACCGGCCGUGGUCGCGAACACCGGAAAACUCGUCACUCUCCCUGUUCCUAUUGGUGUGCCACACGGUCACACGGGCCACGUGCGGUUCCUGACUCUGGUCGGCCAUUUGCCGCAGAACUUUUCCAAACAGCGACGGCAAUCGUUGAACCAAAGGAAGAUGAGCUCGUCCGGCAAACUGUUGCUGAUAUCGGGCGGCGACGGGUACGAGGAUUUCCGGUCGACGGCCGCGUCGGAAGUGGCUGGUCGCGAGGACUCUACUAACCACCUGUUGCUGUGGCACGUGUGACGGGAUGCAGAUCCGGUGUAGGAGACGUAGCCCUCAAAUACAUUAUAGUCUCCGGUUUCAAGACCGUUCGUGGACCAUCACCUCCACAGAUCGAUAUUAUAAAUUAUUAGUUGAUAACACGUUUCUCCGAUGUCGGGCGAAGACGAGUGUGCGUAUGCGUCGCAGUCGCAGUGUUUCCUAGUAUAAUUCUCGGAUCAGUGCACUUGAGCCAUUUAAACUUUUUUGGGAUGGUGGAUGGGUCGUUGGAACCAAUAACUCUGAACGGAGUCGUUUUUCGUUUGGUUCAAGUCCAUUCCUAUAUAAUAUAAUAUAGCAUACCGGAUCGGCGUGUCUGAUUUUUGUAGAUUUAUCGUCGGCGUCGAUGUAGACUGUAGAGCGAUCCGAUCAAUGUAAUAUUAUUACCAUUCAAUCGACGAUUUAUUGUAUAAUUACUUGUUAGUUAUAAGCAAAGAUCGAUACUGUAAAUAGUUAACAUGCCUAUCCUUAUCCGCCCAUAAAAAACCAUACGYGGACUUGUAUUCGUAUUUUCGCGAGAGUAAUCCUACAUAUUUAAGUAUUUGCUCGUGUGCUUAGAAAAAGGAGACAUUGCAUGAAUGUAUGAAUUUUAAAGGAUCCCCAAGAUUUUAUUGCGUCAAAUCUCCUAACUCUUUAUCCAGAUUUUGAGUGGAUAUUAUUAUUAGGGUUCCUCGAUAUAUAUAUGUUAUACCUUAUA